AUGGCUCCAAGUCCAAAGCUGCCAUUCGACCGCGAGCUAGAAUCGCUCCUUCCGGACUAUGAUGACUUAAUCCGUGAACAGAAGCCAAUCAAAGUCGAUGACAUACUACUUUCCGGCGUCACUCAUGAAGAACACACUUUCCUCGGCCCUGACAAAAACCCGCUGAUCCUCUCAAUCUUCCGCACGGAGAGGCUGCCAGACGCUGCUCCACAGAGACGACCAGCCAUCUACCAUAUCCAUGGUGGAGGCAUGAUUAUGGGCAACCGCUUCUGCACCCUAAGCGGCCUACUCGAAUUUGUUCGCGAGCACGACGCUAUCUGCACCACGAUCGAAUACCGCCUUGCGCCUAAACAUCCCUGCCCUGCACCGAUCGAAGAUUGCUACGCUGGCCUGGUCUGGGCACACGAGCACGCAGAGGAACUCGGAAUUGACUGGACCCGUAUUGUCAUUAACGGGCUCUCAGCAGGAGGUGGGCUGGCGGCGGGUGUGGCACUGCUAUGUCGGGACCGAAAAGGCCCUCCGUUGAUCGGACAAUCGCUCUUCUCGCCUAUGAUCGAUGACCGUAACGACUCAGCUUCUGCGCACAAAUUUACUGGCAUCGGCAUCUGGGACCGCAAUGCCAAUAUGGCAGGUUGGAAUGCGUAUCUAGGUGACCGCAGAGGAAGUGACAAUGUCAGCGCGUAUGCAGCUCCUAUCAGAGCAACGAACCUUGCAGGCCUUCCGCCGGCGUAUAUCGACGUUGGAUCGACGGAGACAUUCCGCGACGAGGAUGUCAAGUAUGCGCAAAACAUGUGGAGCGACGGAACGCAGUGUGAGCUCCAUGUAUGGCCUGGCGCAUAUCAUGGAUUCGAGGGACUGUGCCCCGGAGCGCAGUUGUCUAUCAUGGCGAGGAAAGCGAGAUUGGAUUGGCUGCGGCGGACACUGUUCCGUUGA